AGAUAUAUUAUUUUUACAUAAAUUAUCAGAUUCUUUGUCAGAAUCGAUUAACCUACGUUCUUUCGUUUGUCAAAUCAAGUUUACUUCAAUAUAAUAAUAAGUACUCUUUAAAUUAAGAAGAAUGAAUAAUUUGCAAAUAUUUUGCAGGGUAUCAACAAGUCAGGUUCGCUAGACUAUAAAGUCUUUUGUAAUAUUUUCCAUGUGCGCAAUCAAUGAAUAAAACAGAAGCAAUCGAUUUCCUUCAGGGUGAAAAGACCAUGUAUUUUGGUUAUUUCAUACCCACUAUAGUGUCCUUAAGUAUAAAAAUGCGUCGUUUGGAGCCUAAAAGUUUGAAGUAUUUAACCGAAAGUAGCAAAAAAAUGCAUGAAGCUUUGCUUAAAAGAUUUGAAAAGUACUUCCUGAUUCAGCCUGACGCUUGGGAUGCUGUUAUUGCCGCUAUUUCUGUCCCUGACAUUAAGUUGCGAUUUGUGAAAGCUCUUUUAGAAACAGCUAAAACGCAAACAGAAGAGGAAGUUAAAAAAAUGUUCAACACUUAUGUGGUCAAGUAUGGAAAAGUAGCCUGUGCCAAAACUCGUAUUCUACCUCAACCACCUCAAAAAACAUUUUUUGACUUCGGGGAUGAAAGUAAUGAUAUUAGCAUACAAUGUGGUUCCACUGACUCGGAAAAUUAUCUGCAAGAAACGCUAUUAUACCUGGCCGAACGAGAAGAAACAACAAGUUGCCUAAAUAAAUAUCAGGCUAUUAAAAACGUAUUUUUAAAAUAUAAUACCCCAUUACCGUCAUCUGCACCUGUAGAACGGUUGUUUUCAUUCGCUGGAAUUGUAAAUCAGUCUAGAAGGCAAAAACUCAGCGAUGCAAAUUUUGAAAUGCUUGUGUUAAGAAAGGCUAAUAGCUAAUAGCAAAUAAAAUUAUAUUAACAGUAAUUUUACUGCAAUUUUUUCAGUAAUCAGUAAAAAAAU